AUGCGGAUGUGCAAUGUACUCGUCCUCCCACUUAUCCUUGCAGGUGUUUCACUGCAGAAUGAGGUGAACGGCACUGGGGACGAGUUUCUUGUUGCAAAAGCAUUUUCUGCAAGACCCACUGCUUAUUUGAACCAAGAAAUCACAAGUGAUGCCAAAUCAAGCUCUGCAAAGAAAUCUCCAGAAGCACCACGCGAACAACAACACUUUUUCGAGAAAACUUCUGACAGAAAUUUUCCAGUUGAAACAAGUGAAUCACAAAUACCACUCCGACAACAGGUGGGAAGCUCAUUAGGCGAGGGCUUGAGUAAUGAGCUUUCAGGUGCAACAAGUACUUCACAAGUCAGACAGCAACUGGAAAGAACAAGUAUCAAACAGUUACCAGUGGUGGACACUUCACAAGUACCAAAUCGAUCGAUGGAAACGAUCGAUGGAAACGAACAUGAGCAGCGUCUUAAAGCAGCAGAAAAUAGGAUAUUGACUUUGAACUCGUUGAAGACCUCAUCACUGAAAGCUGAAAAAGCGACAGAUCUACCUAAGGUUGUAAUUACUACAAGUGAAAAUGCACCAGAAGAGACAACAGUAGCAGUAAGUACGAAAAGCCUGAGAACGACAGAGAGCGCUGUGACAUUGGAAGAGACAACGAAGCAAACCCAAAAAACCAUCGUGAAGACACCAACGGAGAAGACGACUAAAAAGAAAACGUAUAAAAAAACAUCAACAGCGAAAUUGGAGGAAGCUGUAACAAAAGAAACGACGAAACAGACAGCUCCUGUAAUCACUGAUUUGAAAAUGAGAACGACAGAAAGAAAAAGAACGAUUGCUGUAUCCAAGCUUUCGUCAAAACCUACGCCUAGAAAGACAAGAAAAAGAACGUUUGCUGUUUCCAAGCCUUCGUCAAGAUCUCCGUAUAAAAAGACCAAGAUUAAACAAACAUUCGCUACUUCCAAGUCUACUCCAAAGCAGACACUCAUCGCCACGGUAUUCUCUCCAACAAUUCAUUUAGAGCACAUGAUGACAACCAACGAAGGAGAGGAGACAACUGACGAAGAGAUGAUUGGCAUUCACAAUCCUCCACCGUUCCAGAAAAAACGCUUCGAAAAUGAUGAGAGACCUCGGCAGACGAACAAAUCUGCUUUACCCUUCAUACUCGGUGUGAUUGCUGGAGCAUUGGUGGUUGCUGCAGUGUUAGCCUCGGUUGUGUUAAUCAUGGUCGUACAUCAUCGUAAGAGAAAAGGAAGAAAGACACAAACAGAAAGUCUGACGGUGGAACAGCGACCAAAAGCUAGAAAAAUGCCUAGAAAAAUGGAGUCAGCCAACAUUAACGCAACGAAAUUCAGCCACGCUGGACCACUCGUUUUGGAUGCAAAGUUGAAAGGGCCAGUGCGGCAUGCACUUGAAGACAAUACCACCGGUGCUGCGCUUUCCAAGGUACAAUUCGAUCCCAAACUGAACGAAAUUGUAGACAUUGGUACUGACGUAGAUGUUAUUAAUAUGUCCAGGAUGACGACUGCAGCUACUACUACUGAUACAGGACACGCAGUCAAGAAGGCCAAUCAGUCUGGAACUAUGGUACCAGAAACCGCUAAAAUUUCGGACCGAUUAUUCACCGAUAAAAAAAAACCAAAGGACGAGACGGCGACGAAGAACGCUGCUCUUCCUCCACAUCUUCCCACCGCAGCUGCUGCGAUCAAACCUCUCAAAGAAACAAAGCCGAAAGCGUGAAUACUUAAUCCAAUUGUAAAGUUCCAUAACAAAUGAGCAAAAUCUGUAACCAUUCAUAUCUUCAAAAUAUUAAAAUUUUGCCCGCG